AUGGGGGAAGCACUCCUUGUUCCUCAGGGCAGCCUGCUAGACCUGGUGCUCCCACCCACAGUGGGGCUCUGGGAUGUGGACCAGGACAGGCAGAUGGUUGCUCUCCAGGAGUCACUGGCUGGCUGGACUUCUGGCAAAGGGCGCACCAUACCGGGGUUUGGAAGAUGUUUAUACAGCCCGCUGAGAGCAUUAACUUCCUUGUCAGAUAAAAAAAAGGAACUUUUACAGAAUGGGCCAGACCUUCAAGAUUUUGUAUCAGGUGACCUUGCAGACAAGAGCAACUGGGAUGAAUAUAAAGGAAAUUUAAAACACCAGAAAGGAGAAAGGUUGAGAUUUCCUCCAUGGCUAAAGACAGAAAUUCCAGUGGGGAAAAAUUACAAUAAACUAAAAAAUACAUUACGGAAUUUAAAUCACCAUACAGUGUGUGAGGAAGCUCGAUGUCCCAAUAUUGGAGAGUGUUGGGGAGGCGGUGAAUAUGCCACUGCCACAGCCACAAUCAUGCUGAUGGGUGAUACUUGCACAAGAGGUUGCAGAUUUUGUUCUGUUGAAACUGCAAGAAACCCACCUCCCCUGGAUACCAGCGAGCCCUACAACACCACGAUAGCGAUCGCAGAGUGGGGCCUGGAUUAUGUCCUCCUGACCUCUGUAGAUCGAGGUGAUAUACCUGAUGGGGGAGCCGAGCACAUUGCAGAGACUGUGUCAUACUCAGAGGAAAGGAAUCCAGAAAUUCUAGUGGAAUGCCUCACCCCUCAUUUCCGAGGAGAUCUUAAGGCAAUAGAGAAGCUUGCCCUGUCAGGAUUAGAUGUUUAUGCUCACAAUGUCGAAACAGUUCGGGAACUACAGGGGAAAGUUCGAGAUCCCCGGGCCAACUUCGACCAGUCUCUGCGUGUGCUGAAACAUGCUAAGGAGGCUCAGCCUGCUGUUAUUUUGAAAACAUCAAUAAUUCUGGGUUUGGGUGAGAAUGAUGAGCAGGUGUAUGCAACAAUGAAAGCACUUCGUGAAGCAGAUGUGGACUGUUUAACUUUAGGGCAGUAUAUGCAGCCCACAAAACGCCACCUUAAGGUUGAAGAAUACAUUACUCCUGAAAAGUUUAAAUACUGGGAAAAAGUAGGACAUGAACUUGGAUUUUGUUACACAGCAAGUGGCCCUCUGGUGCGCUCUUCGUAUAAAGCAGGUGAAUUUUUCCUGAAAAAUCUAGUGGCUAAAAGAAAAAAGUCUCUGUAAAACUUAGAAGAUCUACCACUUUGCUGCUAGUUGUCCAGAGGUGUCCAGGAUGGCCGGACUACAGUGGGUGUGCUC